GGUGUGAGGCCUGGCCCAUCCCUCUCCUUGCCACCACCUAAGCCUCUGAGCUGGCCUGAGGUCACCAGGAGCACUACUCUGCACUGGGUGUGGCAGGGCGAGCUGUCUCCUUAAGAGCACACCAGGGAGAGAGAGGGAGCUGCAGGAGUCUCAAGGAGUCUGACCAGUUCCCUCCAGCCUGAUGGUAUUGUUCUGGGCGGGGCUGCUGGGUUUAAAAAGCCGGAACCCACCUAAGCUGACCACAGCCCCAGCAGCCUCCUCUGACCUGCACUCUGCACCCGGCUCUCAGCCCUGCCCUGAAGCUGUGACAUGGAGAGAGUGAUCUGGGGCCUUUUGACGCUGGCAGGCCUGCCCGUCUUGAAAGCCAGUGACCUGUUUGCUGAUAAAAACGAUCCCUUCUACUAUGACUGGGCAGGCCUGCAGCUGGUUGGGAUGAUCUUUGCUGGGAUCCUGUGCGUCGCUGGAUUUGCCUUCGCCCUGAGUGGCAAGUGUAAAUGCAAGCACAAUCAGAAGCAAAGCCCCUUACCUGAGAAAGCCACUCCACUCAUCACUCCAGGUUCUGCCAGUACCUGCUGAGCACAGGAGCAACUUUGUAGCACUCUGGCGCCAGUUCCCACGCUGCUGGCUCCCCACUUGGGGGCCUGACCCUCCAUGAUGGCCUUUCUCUCCAAAGGUGAGCCUUUAGGCUCCCUUCUGAUCAGGAGGCUGUCCAACGCUUAUUUGUAAAUUAAACCGGUCUCACUCUU